AUGAAGGUUCUAGCUCUCCCGGUGAGCUUCAUAGAAGCAUUGGAUGACACAUCGCGUACGAGUUUGAUGAAUGUAGUCAAUGAGGCUUAUGGCAGAGCUCUUAAGAAGUACCAAGUGAUCCUAAGUAAUCGGAUCAAGGGCCUCGAAACACUUUUCAGCGAUCUUGGUUUCCACAACAACAUUGAUGAUUGCAUCUUGUUCGUGUCUUUCGAUCAAAAGACGGGGAUUUGUUCCAGUUUUGAUCAUGUUUUCAAGGAAGUAGAGAAAACGUACGGCGCAAGGUGGUUUAAACCCGUGAACAUCAGACCUGGACCUAAUGUGAGUAUCUCUUUCGGUCAUGCAACUGCCACUGCAGGCUUCAAACCUAUAAAGAAAGAAAAUAGAGAUUAUAUGUUGACUUGUUUUACUUCGUUCCGCUCUGGUGCUGGUAAAGAACUUCUCGCCAAGAGUAUGCGCUACGUCGAGAAUUACUUGGGAGCUCAAAAACUGUUUGCUACCGUCAUUGUUGAGCAUGAAUUGGUUGACUACUACGUAAAAGUUCACAAUUUUCGAGAAAUUCAUACUCAACUCAUAAAAAAGGAAUUUGUUUCCGAAGCUUUGGAAGAAGGAGUCAAUGCGACCCGCGAUUUUCAUCUUGCAACUCUAGUAAAGGAAUUGUGA